ACAGCUGUCAUGCCCGUUGUCACCACACAGGGGCACUGCUGAGUCUUGUCACCAGUGUGUCUGCACCUGGACCCUAACGCAUGGGUUCCUCAACUUGUGAUGUGGCCAACCUCAUACCUUUGCAGUUCUCAGGAGUUCUUCCCUGACAGAUCUCAGGCAUGGAUAUACCAAGACUUCCCAAAAAAGGCUUCCCUUGGGAAGUUCAACACUGACAGGCACGUGCCAGAGACCUCGGGGCAGUGCCUGAGUAAGGAGGCUGUCUUCCUACAGGAAAGAACCAUUGCCUCUGAGAGUCCAGGUCAGCUUCUAUAAGUCACCAAAGGCAAAUUUUCCCAUUUUGAAGAUGAAAUAAGACUGGGGAUGUAGCUCAGCUUAGCAUUCAUGGACCCCUGGGUUCCAACCCCAACAGUACAUUCAAGCAAGCAACAAACCCAAAAAGCCUUCACGUGGUGGUGCACACCUGUAAUCCUCAGGACUCUGAAGCAAAGAGAUCUCAAGCUCAAGGACAUCCUCAGCGACAUAACAAGUUGGAGGCCAGCCUGAUACAAGAGACCAUUUUAAAAAGCCCUUUUUUGGAGGGGCUGGAGAGAUGGCUCAGUGGGUAAUGUGCUUGAUGCACAAGUGUGAAGACCUGAGUUUCAAUCCUCAGAACCUACAUAAAGCCAGACAUGGUUGGCUUACAGUCCCAAGUUUCUACAGUGACAUGGGAGGUGAAGACUGGAGACUCCACAGAAGCUUAUGGGCCAGCAUGCCAUGAACACAACAGUGGACUAUAAGUGGCUGUGUGAUCAGGAGUAGCCUCCUCCCUGGGCCCUGGACAUCACCUCCUCUACCAGAGACCACAUUCCUGCUCAGCUGAGUCACUCCCUGCCUCAUCUCCAGCUAGACCUGGACCUACAACCCACUGCCUCUGGGCUUCCCUGCCCUGAGACGCUCCAGCCAGGAUGAUCAGAACUCUCCGACAGUCCACCUUGGGCUCCAGACUGGGUGCCCUGGCGAGUCCAGGUCUCGCCCUCCUUCUGUCCCUCACUGCCCACUGCUCUGGUCCUCAGACUAAGGGCUUCCCCAAGGGAGGGCUGAAUGCUAGUGAAGCCAACAGGGGCAACACCUCCCUCUUGCAGAACUUUUGGUGCUUGCCAGCCAGCCAGAUGCCCCGGGAAGAGCUCUCUGCUUUACUCAGAAGCCUGGCUUCGCAGAGGGUCCCACUCAAAGCCUGGCAGCUUAGCUGCUUGGCCAACCUCGCUGCACAGCAAGGCCUUCAGGAUGACUUCGAGUUCUACCCACCCAAUCUCCUACUUUUCUACAAUCUGAGCCAGGUGAGCGAAGCCAACUGCCGGGCCUUUAUUCACCAUGCUGCCCAAGGGGACACAGAACUGCUGGCCAACUUGCCCAACCAGAGAGUUGCCCUACAGCACACAGCCUUGGCCUGUCUGGGGAGACCCCACCUACAGCUCAGUGCCUCAGACCUGCGGCUUCUCGGGGUCCUGGUAUGUGACCUGGAGGCACCCCAAAUCGUGACUUCAGACCCCCAUGUGCUGAAGAACCUGCUUCAAUGCCCGAGGCUAACUGUCACACAGACUACUGCCUUCAACACCCUGCUGGCCAGUGGGAAGACACAAAUUGGGCCUCCUGGCUCCUGGAACCUGGAGGAGCUGAAGGCCCUAGGACCUCUGGCCACCUACAUCAGCCCCCACCUGUGGGAGAAGGUGCAGGAGGCUGUGGGCUUGGACUUCUUCCGCAGUGUGGUGGCUGCUUACCGGGCAGGCCAGCUGAGCAGGCAUGAUACCAUGCGCUUCAUCACCAACUUCCUGGAGUCCAAGGCCAAUUCAGUGUCCUCAAGGCUCAAGCGGCGCACAGGGAGCGCCUGUGUCCGUGGCAACAUCACAGCAGCCACCCUGCAUGAUGACCUCUUCCUGGUGCACUACGACUGCACCCAGCUGGAGUCCUGCCUGGGCACACGUGUGCUCAGGGCCAACCUGGACCCCUUACUACAACACCCCCUGCCUGCAGAGUGCCAGCGUGUUGUCAAAGCCAAGCUCGCUCAGAUCUACCCACACGGCAUUCCUGAGGACCAGCUGCGCCUCAUCACCUCGCUGGUCUACCUCUACUCCCUUGCUGAAAUAGGCCAGUGGAACAUCACAUCUGGAGACACAGUGAUGGUCCUGCUGGCCUCAGAUGCAGCUCUGGAGAACCAGACAGAGGCAGUUCUACAGAAGUACUUGGACCAUAAUGGCAAGGUUACUGGCGCUCUUCUGGUGGCCAUUGGGGGUUCCCGUCUCUGCUGGAUGAGCCUCAAGCAGAUCCAGAUCAUCCAGCCCUCGGAGUUCCGACUUGCUGGGGCUCCAGACAUCUCUCCCUGCCCUCAGAGUCGGAAGGAUGUGCUCUUCGCCAAGGCUCGUGAGGUCUUUAGGAACACCAGUACUGUAGGAGAAUACUACUACUUAAUCCGUCCCUACCUUGGUGGUGCCCCCUUGGAGGAACUUCAAUACCUAGCCCAGGCCAACAUCUCCAUGGACAUUGAUACAUUCACCAGCCUCAACCCCUUCAUGUUGAAGAACAUGAGUGUGGACAAUGUGAGAAAUCUGCUGGGCCAGAAUGUAGGGGACUUGCAGAAGGCCCGCAGCCAUCCAAAUGUUAUCCUGUGGAUGCACAGCCACAACAUGUCAGACCUGUCGGAAAUGGGCCUGGACACCAGCCCCACCCUGCCCUAUGUGACCAACAGGCCCCCUAACACUGCCUACCCACCGUCCGCUUUGAUCCACACCUCGAAUCUUCCAGGGAAUGAUGGUGUUGCCCCUGCCUCAGGAAGCCCUUCAUUUCAUCUUGGGUACCUGUCACUUGCUGUGGCUGUGCCUUCCAGCCUCUUGUGGCUGCUACUGUGUGAAGCACCUUCAGGGCCAAUAGGCACUGCUCACAAGGCACUAAGACCCUGGACACUGCCAAUGGUGCUGACCCAGGACAGUCAGACCCCUGAACAUCAGAUACAGGAGCAACGGAGCUGCUAAGUGGAACAAGACACCCACCUAGGCUGAAGUACAUGUCCCAGGCCCCAGGAGACCUGCUGUGUCCCCCAUCCUAGGAGACUGGCUCUGGUACACACCUCAGCUCUGAGGAUCAGGGCCCAUAAGGAGAUAGAAUGUCCCCAGCCACAAGAACAGGUUGGUAGGAAGAGACAGGGUCCAGAUCUUUUGACCUAUUCAAAUGGAACUUGGUGUCACUUCAAUGUCACUGCCCUCACUGGUGGAUCUGAAUAAAGCACAAGGCUAUUAUUGUA